AUGGAGCCAGGACGGAGACUACAAGGGAGCCAGGGCGGAGACUACAAGGGAGCCAGGAUGGAGACUACAAGGGAGCCAGGACAGAGUCUACAAGGGAGCCAGGACAGAGUCUACAAGGGAGCCAGGACAGAGUCUACAAGGGAGCCAGGACAGAGUCUACAAGGGAGCCAGGACAGAGACAGACUGUGUGGUGCACUUUCAGGAAGCUCACAAAACUCGCAGGUAACAGAAGUCUACGGCUCAGUGCAGUUGUAUCGUCCUCACCACCCGUCCUUACCUAUCGUCCUCACCACCCGUCCAUACCUACCAUCCUCGCCACCCGUCCUUACCUAUCGUCCUCGCCACCCGUCCAUUCCUACCGUCCUCGCCACCCGUCCAUUCCUAUCGUCCUCACCACCCGUCCAUACCUACCGUCCUCACCACCCGUCCAACCCUACUGUCCUUGCCACCCAUCCAUUCCUACCGUCCUCGCCACCCGUCCUUACCUAUCGUCCUCACCACCCGUCCAUACCUACCAUCCUCGCCACCCGUCCAUUCCUACCGUCCUCGCCACCCGUCCUUACCUAUCGUCCUCGCCACCCGUCCAUUCCUAUCGUCCUCACCACCCGUCCAUACCUACCGUCCUCGCCACCCGUCCAUUCCUACCAUCCUCGCCACCCGUCCAUACCUACCGUCCAUACCUACCGUCCUCGCCUACCGUCCAUACCUACCGUCCUUACCACCCGUCCAUACCUACCGUCCUCACCACCCGUCCAUACCUACCGUCCAUACCUACCGUCCUCGCCUACCGUCCAUACCUACCGUCCUUGCCACCCGUCCAUACCUACCGUCCAUACCUACCGUCCUCGCCACCCGUCCAUACCUACCGUCCUCACCACCCGUCCAUACCUACCGUCCUCACCACCCGUCCAUACCUACCAUCCUCACCACCCGUCCAUACCUACCGUCCUCACCACCCGUCCAUACCUACCGUCCAUACCUACCGUACUCGCCACCCGUCCAUACCUACCGUCCUCGCCACCCGUCCAUACCUACCGUCCUCACCACCCGUCCAUACCUACCGUCCUCACCACCCGUCCAUACCUACCGUCCUCGCCACCCGUCCAUACCUACCGUCCAUACCUACCGUACUCGCCACCCGUCCAUACCUACCGUCCUCACCACCCGUCCAUACCUACCGUCCAUACCUACCGUCCAAACCACCCGUCCAUACCUACCGUCCUCACCACCCGUCCAUACCUACCGUCCUCACCACCCGUCCAUACCUACCGUCCAUACCUACCGUCCUCGCCACCCGUCCAUACCUACCGUCCAUACCUACCGUCCUCGCCACCCGUCCAUACCUACCGUCCUUGCCACCCGUCCUCACCACCCGUCCAUACCUACCGUCCAUACCUACCGUCCUCGCCACCCGUCCAUACCUACCGUCCUCACCACCCGUCCAUACCUACCGUCCUCACCACCCGUCCAUACCUACCGUCCUCACCACCCGUCCAUACCUACCGUCCAUACCUACCGUCCUCGCCACCCGUCCAUACCUACCGUCCAUACCUACCGUACUCGCCACCCGUCCAUACCUACCGUCCUCGCAAACCCGUCCAUACCUACCGUCCUCACCACCCGUCCAUACCUACCGUCCAUACCUACCGUCCAAACCACCCGUCCAUACCUACCGUCCUCACCACCCGUCCAUACCUACCGUCCUCACCACCCGUCCAUACCUACCGUCCAUACCUACCGUCCUCGCCACCCGUCCAUACCUACCGUACUCGCCACCCGUCCAUACCUACCGUCCUCGCCACCCGUCCAUACCUACCGUCCUCAUCACCUGUCCAUACCUACCGUCCUCACCACCCGUCCAUUCCUACCGUCCUCACCACCCGUCCAUACCUACCAUCCUCACCACCCGUCCAUACCUACCAUCCUCGCCACACGUCCAUUCCUAUCGUCCUCACCACCCGUCCUUACCUAUCGUCCUCACCACCCAUCCAUUCCUUCCGUCCUCACCACCCGUCCAUACCUACCAUCCUCGCCACCCGUCCAUUCCUACCGUCCUCGCCACCCGUCCUUACCUAUCGUCCUCGCCACCCGUCCAUUCCUAUCGUCCUCACCACCCGUCCAUACCUACCGUCCUCGCCACCCGUCCAUUCCUAUCGUCCUCACCACCCGUCCUUACCUAUCGUCCUCACCACCCAUCCAUUCCUUCCGUCCUCACCACCCGUCCAUUCCUAUCGUCCUCACCACCCGUCCAUUCCUACCGUCCUCACCACCCGUCCUUACCUAUCGUCCUCACCACCCGUCCAUUCCUACCGUCCUCGCCACCCGUCCAUACCUUCCGUCCUUACCUAUCGUCCUCGCCACCCGUCCAUUCCUAUCGUCCUCGCCACCCGUCCAUUCCUACGGUCCUCGCCACCCGUCCUUACCUACCGUCCUCACCCCCCGCCCAUACCUACCGUCCUCACCACCCGUCCAUACCUACCGUUCUCGCCACCCGUUCAUACCUACCGUCCUCGCCACCCGUCCAUACCUACCGUCCUCACCACCUGUCCAUACCUACCGUCCUCACCACCCGUCCUUGCCACCCGUCCAUACCUACCGUCCUUGCCACCCGUCCAUACCUACCGUCCUUACCACCCAUCCAUAACUACUGUCUUCACCACCCGUCCAUACCUACCGUCUUCACCACCUGUACACACCCCCACCAUAGUAAUUCAUGCGGCAUCCUGA